CAUUCGAUUUUUGGAGCGAAUCGACAUGGAAACUUUGAUUUUAAUACUGACAAGUUUGGUCAUAUUUCUGGCCAACACUUUUUACGGUCAAAGAACGUAUUUUCCUAAUCUUCCGGUUGGUGAAUACAAAAUCAAAAUAAAAGGAGCGUUUAUAUGUAACGAAAGUGUUAACUACCCUAUACGUUUCAAGCUUCACACGUCACGGGUGACUAAAACAAAAACUGUGUUGACCGGAAACAUUUCAAUGAGGAUUCCGUUCGACGACAAUCUAGAUUUACAUCUAAACAUGGCUGUGUUGGAUAAAAUCGGCGGUUGGAAGGACAACGCGUUCGUGUACAGAAAACCAAAAGCGUGUACCAACCUCAAGAAUUUAAUGGGAAAUGUAUGGGUCAACUUUAUAAAUAGCUUCAACCGUACUCAAGCCAGUUGCCCGUUGCCUGUCGGGACUUUUAUAAUGCACGGUUUUGAUCUGGCUCUACUAGAGAACAUGAAUUUUCCCAAGCAAUUCUUUUACGGAACGUACAAACUGAAAGUUUUCUACACUGACCCAAGUGAUGUUCUUGUUGGCUGUGUAAUCAUAGUCAUUGAAUAUGUAAGACCCUGGGAAUAUAAUUAUAAUAUGUAAUAUAUAAACAUUAAACUUGUACCGACUUCAAUCGCUUGAUUGGUUUAUGAUUUUUGUUUAUUUUAUUUUAUUAUACAGCAAACAUGACAUA